GAGGGGGGGGGGGGGAGUGGGGAACGCCGGAUGGGAGAACAACAUAGGUCGAGAGAAAGUGGGGACUGUGAAUCCAGUUCUUUUGUUGUCCGGGGUGGGCCGUGGGUGGUGGGAGCUGAGUCAUAAAACGCUGAACCGUCAACUUGCACCCGGAAUUCCAUGAUCGAAUCGUCGCUUCACUCGACAGCGAGACGUCAGUCAGGGAAGAUGGACAAGUUUGUUCUAAGCGAAACGCAAAAAAAGAAAUUGUGUCUUCACCUUGAAGGCUACAAGUAUUACAAACGACGACAGAAUGCAAACGGAACGAUCGCGUGGCGUUGUUGCCGUUACACUUCAUCAGGAUGUGUGGCUUCGAUAUUGACCGAAGAAGACAACGUGAAAAGCAGAUCACACGAUCAUAACCAUGCACCAGACGAGGCGACGCUUGUGAAGGACCAGCUGCGCGUGGCACUGAAAAAGGCAGCAGCAGCCAACCCCAAUACGCCCGUGCCAAGGUUGUUUCAAGAGGAACUUCUCCGAACUUGUUCUGCAGUGCCAGAUGAAGUCGCAGCAGAAGUACCCACGUUUGCCACCCUCAAGGAUACGAUGUAUCGGGAAAGGCGUUCAGCGCAGCCACCGCUUCCAUCAUCAGCCUCCACUCUGCAACUCAACGACGCCCACAAAAAGACAGAAAGCGCAGAGCCGUUCCUGGUCGUCGACGACCGCAGUGAUCCCUCGUCUUGCAUACUUGCCUUCGCUACACGAGAUGGAAUGCAGCGGCUGUCGUCAGCCAAAAUUAUUUUUGCGGAUGGGACGUUUUUUGUUGUACCGCACAUCUAUGACCAACUUGUAACCCUGCAUGUUGUAACCGACGGCGUGCAUAGCGCAGCGGUUUACUUCCUGUUGUCGGGUCGGUCACGACAAACCUAUGUCCGUGCUUUUCAAGGGCUCAAAGCUGCAUUCAUAUCGGCUGGGAUUUCAUUCUCGACCCCUGAUAUUUUCAUGACGGAUUUUGAGCAGGCGCUUAUUGGUGGUCUGCGCGACGUGUUUCCUCAAGCUGCUCAUCGCGGGUGCCAUUUUCACUUUGCGCAAAGAGUAUGGGCUUCCGUUCAGAGGGCUGGGCUCCAAAGUGCAUAUUCCAGUGAUAACCAAGUAAGGGCUCUGAUUCGUAAGCUCGUGGCACUUUCCUUUGUUCCGCCUUGUGAUAUCCCUCGCGCCUGGGCGUUUCUGCAUCAGGAGGGUCUAUUGCUCGGUAUACCGGAGCUACCUGCUGUACUCGAUUACUUCGACGCGACGUGGAUAAGUGGCAUUUUCCAACUCGAACAGUGGAACCACCAUGGAAACAGGGGACCCAGAACCAACAACCACAUGGAGGCAUGGCAUCGAAAAAUCAAAGGCAUGUCAGGAAAAGCGCACCCGAAUCCCUUCGCGUUCAUUGAUUUAAUCAAGAGAGACGAGGCCCAAACAAGAGUCCUCUUGCUUCAAGUUGCAAACGGGGGAGCCGUACGUGCGCAAGGCCGCAAGUGGGCCAAUAAAGACAGAAAACUGGCGGAGCUUGAAGGCCGUUUCAACAGCGGCGCCAUUUCGCUUUUUCAAUUUCUAAACUUGGCUCAAGCUUUUUCUGGGCUGUAAGCAUUGUUCAGAGCUUUAGCCGGAAAAAUAAACGCGCGAAAAUGUUGCCGUUGACUCGUUGUACGAAUGUGAAAAUGUGUGAAAAAUAAAACCAAGUUGUUCGUCCGUAAAA